AUGUCUUCUUCAAUAUCAGAAUACUUAAAAGAUACGGUGACUGUGCUCAUAAACGCUAUUGGAGAUAAUGAUAAUACAGUCAACAAUGUUAUAAUUAAAUCUCUGGUGAAGAUAUCUAAUGUACAUCCAAAUGAAGUUAUCGAGAUAUUUUGCGAAUUCUACCGCAAUACACUUAAGAGUAAUGUUAUUCAGUUGGGAAACCUAGUAAAGGUAUUAGAACAAACAUGUGUGAAUCAGCUUAAGAAAAUCAAUCAAAAUGUAGCCAAAGAACUUGUUAAUGCAAUGCUUCGGGCCAUGACAGAGAAUCCUACCUAUGAACCAAUAGUUCAGAUGGGGGCAUCAUCAGUUCUGGUUGCCAUCAGUCAUGAGUACUUAGAUCUGGUACUUCGAUCUCUAAUAGAUCAGAUAUCACCCGCCUCUCUGCCGCAUUACACGAUCGCGCACACUCUCGGCACGCUCGCGGCAGUCAACACGCACGAACUUGUGCCGCACGUCAAGGAGAUCCUUGGCAAAAUGCUGCCGUUACUGCCUCUCGUUAAACAGGAUGGAUCAAAACAAGCUUUCGCUUAUGCGUUCGGCCACUUCGCUGUAGCUGUGUCCGAGCAAAUAGGCGACAAUGUUGCUAACGACAAUAUAACAUCUAUAAAGGACAAUUUUGUCACGGAGUUCACUAUAGUCUUCGACGUGUUGUACAAUCAAUGGCUGCCGUGUCAUGAGCCUAAAGUAUCAGAAUCAGUCCUCGAAGCCCUCGGUCCCAUAACACGGCUCAUCUCAGAGAGACAGUUCAACGAAACGGUCAACAAGUUUGUCCUGUCACUGCUUUCCUUGUAUCGCAAACCAGCGAUCAACUUCUACUGCAUCAGUCAAUGCAUAUCAUACUUAUUGUCACCCUCGCCCUUAAAUCCAAAACUUACGUUGAAUGACAAUGUCAUAAAUUCCAUCAAUAACGUGUUGUUCAACCUGGUCCUGUUGGAGCCAGAUUACGAUCAGCCUCACACCGUCAAGAAUCACUUUGAAGUACUCCGCUGCUUCGAUCACAUGACGACGCAGUUUUCAGACCAGACCGUCGAGAGUCUAUUGCAUCACUGUAAACAUAACCAAGAGAAAGACAGAAUGAAAGCUGUCAUAAUAUUAACCCACCUAACGACGUCCUCGCAAAUAUUCAUCGAACAUUUCUCGUCAAAGUUCAUAACGAUUUUGAAAGUGAUGAUCGUGAUGGAACAGGGCGUGAAGAUGAAGAAGCUCCUCGUCAAGGCCAUAGUGGGUCUCGUGUACAGGAACUGUAUAAUGUCACCGGAGGAUUUCGUGAUGGUGGAGUUUAUAAUAAAGCACUGCGGAUACGAGGGUACUCCCACAACGACGAAGGCCGAAGUUCUAGAUCUACAGGACACUUGUAAAAGUUCUCUCAUACUCAUGUGUAAUACUGUUACUAGCGUGCGAUCUCAAUUACGUAAUUUGUUAUUGAAUUCGCUGACUGUAGAUGAGUUCACCGCCUCGAUGUCGACAGUCAGCCACUGUCUGACCUCCCUCCUUCAAAAUAAUUCAGAUGUUAUUCCCGAUGAGCAGUCUGAUAGAAUAGAGAGAUUGAAAUUAAACUGUUCACCAGAUUUAGUUUUUGUCAGAUGUAUGAUUCAAAUUGUGGACCCUGACCAAACCGAAACUAAUAAAAACGUACUGGUCUUCUUAGAUGAAUUUUCCGGUGACGUUCAUAAGAAUUUGAAAAAUAAAUGGACCAUCGAAAUACAACGGUUAUUGAAGUUUGUCGAAAAAAACGAAUCCAAAGAACAAUGGCACGGGAUGCUUUUGGAUCUCUUAGUGUCAGCCAUAGAAGAGGUUAAUAGUAAUAAAUGGGUGGAAACGAUAUCGACAUUGGUGUCACAGCAAAUUAUGGGGAAAAAACUAGCGCCGAUGUUUAAAGGAGUUUCACUUCAAUAUUUAGCAAUACUUUCAUGUCACUUGUCCAAUGCGGCAGUCGUAGAAACAGUUCUCAAGAUAAUACUGCUCGCUCUGAAAUCGAUUCCCAUGGCGAGUGUAGACUAUGUGAGCAAAGCGGUCGGUAUCGCGUCCAGGGUUCAUGGAGAAUGUGUUCUCAAUGAACUUGAUGCUAUAUAUAAAGAAAAUGAAGCGAGACGAGGCAAUAAACUCCUGAAUUUCUUGUCAACGAGAGCCUCGAAGAACGAACUCGAAUUAUCUAUUGUUAAAUAUGCCGUAAUAACUUGCUACGGUAAAGUUGCUAACGAAUGCUUGGAUGUUCACGUCCUGGCCAGAUUAGGCGAAAAUAUAACUUCCAUACUUUACGAAAUAUUGAAAUCGAAUCCGCCUUUUGAUUUGUGCAAAGCCAGUGUGACGACGCUUUAUGAAAUAAGUAAGGCUCUGUAUCCAGCGGCACAUCACAAUGUCGCGUUAAGAAAUCGUUGGCAGUUAUUAAACGCGGUGCUGGAACAAAUAUAUAACAGUAACCUCGACAAGCGACAGGUCGAAUUAUACCCAAUCGUGGUGAAGGCUUCUAAAGCGUUGACAAAGUUGCAGAAGGGCAUUUUGCCUGAAGAGAGAAAUACCAUAUUAAGAGUUUUAUUCAGCAGCAUCUUCGGUGAACUGUCUUCGUUUAAACAGAAAUAUGAAAUCGAAAAGAACGGCGACCAGAACGACUUGCUCGCUAAAACAUUAAACGAUUCCCUCACACUGUUACAUGAAUUAAUUAAGGAACUGAUCAUUCAGUCAACAUGUCUCAGUACUAUCGACGAUAUUGUCAGUCUAUCGAUCGAGUGGAUCCGCCACGAUAAUGACGAAAUCCGCACUGCAGCUACGCUGAUAUUGCAAGUGGUUUUCGAUGCAUACAUUAAAAACGUGAAACUCAACUACGAAACUCCAAGUAAAUUCGGACAAAUGGGAUAUCUUCUGGGUAUCAUCGUACCCGGAGUAGCCGACUCGAACUUCGCUGUCAGAUUAACAACAAUAGACUGCAUCAAACUCGUCAUACAGAUACAGGACCUGUACGAAGGUCACACCAUGAACCCCGAAGACGAAUGUAUACAUGGUCUAACGAAGUUACAAAAUAACGUGCUUACUAACGACUUGAAUAUGAUCAGCGACUACUGCACCAAUCUGUGUGAUACGAUAUCUCAUAAAAUACCACAUCUGCAUAACAUGCAGUUUGUUGAGAGUCUGUUGGACGGUUACGACGACCAGGAGUUCAGGAGCGUUGGUAUCAGCUCUGUACUGGACGCAUUCAUCGUGCAGAAAGGUCAAGACCUGUUCCAGAACAUCGAGAGGAUAGUAGAGGUCUUAUUGGCCACUAUGGACGAGGUCGGCCACGACGCUCGUAUUAGACUCAUGAGGCCUGUGACGUCACUGACGCGUCAUCAUUCCAACGCCGUGACAGCCGUGCUGUUAGCACAAAAGCUGCCUUUAAUACCUUCGGUUGUAUCUUGCUGGCGUUAUCUGGCCCGCGACGAGACUCUGUCCUCAGCUAUAGUCGAUAACUUCUUGCGACUGAUGACCUCCAUCGAGCUGUACGAGGACCCUUAUCACAUCACAGAGAAUCACGUGGCCGCCUUACAGCCUCUGACCCUGAUAAGCGCUUUGGGGGAGAUGCUGCAAGAGUUAUCGAUGAGAGAAACUUGUCUGGCCAAGUUCCCGGAGCUGUUUUCAGUACUGUACACGACUCUGGCGUGUUACAUAGAGGCUGAGCCACCGGCGUACAGUCUGCCACACAAGAACCAGGACCGCUUCGGAUUCAUACCCAACAGAGAGGCCAUCAAGCUGUCACCGGCGAGGAUCACCAUCAACACCUUCAACGUGUUCCUCGAGCGAGCGGAUUGUUAUAAGGUUAAAGAGGCGUGUUCUCUAUGCCUGAGCGUGGAGCACGGUGACAGCACCGCGACCCUGUUGGAGCUGGCGCCGGUGCUAUCCGCGGCGCUCAGUGCGUCUCCCGCCCUGCACAAGGUGGUGUCGCGGGUGGCGCACUACUCGCGCUCACCUCUCCCGCCGCAGAGAUGUGCUGCACUUGCCUUACUAGCGGAUCUGUUGAACUACAGAUGUAACGACAACAGCGUGUUGAUCGAGACGGUGCUAUCUUCCCUGUCGACGGGCUGGAAGGACGGCGACGGGCGCGUGAGGUGCGCGUGUCUGAGGGCCGCUGCUAACGUGUGGCGCCUGGCGCCGGAGCACAGGGAACACGCCGCGCCCGCCGCACUCACCGCGCUCAGCCAGGGAAUAGACGCGCAGACUACUAUGUCGACAAUAGACAACGUGCCGCUAGCAGCCAUACAAGGCCUCAGUCGGUUCCUCACAGAAACAGACGAAAUAGACAAGGAGUUUGAACGAGAACUGGUUGCCAUCUCUCAGAAGAUACGACCCUUCAUGAACACCGACAAUUGCCACCUACGGGAGAACUCCAUCAGAUUAUUUGGGCUCCUAGCGUCUAAGGUCCAUCGUGGGGCACUCGGAGACCACGCUAUAAGCUCCCUACCCUGUUUCCUGCUGCAUCUAUGUGACAACAACCCCGCCGUCGUCAGGGUGAUAGACGCUGCGAGGGUUAGGCCCUGCUUGUUUUUAGAUAGAAGCGAGUUGGACGAUCAGUUGGACGAUCAGUUGGUCGACCAGUUAGACGAUCAGUUGGUCGAUCAGUUGGUCGAUCAGUUGGUCGAUCAGUUGGUCGAUCAGUUGGACGAUCAGUUGGACGAUCAGUUGGUCGAUCAGUUGGUCGAUCAGUUGGUCGACCAGUUGGACGAUCAGUUGGUCGAUCAGUUGGUCGAUCACUUGGUCGAUCAGUUGGUCGAUCAGUUGGUCGAUCAGUUGGUCGAUCAGUUGGUCGACCAGUUGGACGAUCAGUUGGUCGAUCAGUUGGUCGAUCACUUGGUCGAUCAGUUGGUCGAUCAGUUGGUCGAUCAGUUGGUCGAUCAGUUGGUCGACCAGUUGGACGAUCAGUUGGUCGAUCAGUUGGUCGAUCAGUUGGUCGAUCAGUUGGUCGAUCAGUUGGUCGAUCAGUUGGUCGAUCAGUUGGACGAUCAGUUGGUCGAUCAGUUGGUCGACCAGUUGGACGAUCAGUUGGUCGAUCAGUUGGUCGAUCAGUUGGUCGAUCAGUUGGUCGAUCAGUUGGUCGAUCAGUUGGUCGAUCAGUUGGUCGAUCAGUUGGACGAUCAGUUGGUCGAUCAGUUGGUCGACCAGUUGGACGAUCAGUUGGACGAUCAGUUGGUCGAUCAGUUGGUCGAUCAGUUGGUCGAUCAGUUGGUCGAUCAGUUGGUCGACCAGUUGGACGAUCAGUUGGUCGAUCAGUUGGUCGAUCAGUUGGUCGAUCAGUUGGUCGAUCAGUUGGUCGAUCAGUUGGUCGAUCAGUUGGACGAUCAGUUGGUCGAUCAGUUGGUCGAUCAGUUGGUCGAUCAGUUGGACGAUCAGUUGGUCGAUCAGUUGGUCGAUCAGUUGGUCGACCAGUUGGACGAUCAGUUGGUCGAUCAGUUGGUCGAUCAGUUGGUCGAUCAGUUGGUCGAUCAGUUGGUCGAUCAGUUGGUCGAUCAGUUGGUCGAUCAGUUGGACGAUCAGUUGGUCGAUCAGUUGGUCGACCAGUUGGACGAUCAGUUGGACGAUCAGUUGGUCGAUCAGUUGGACGAUCAGUUGGCUAGUAAGUUCACCCUACGACAGGUGUUCAAGACGUUCCAUGUGAAGAAGGCCAACGACUUCGUGCAGACUCACCUGGUGGAUGAAGGUCGGUUGUACCUGGACGAGUUCCUGUCGGCGCUACUGAGACACCUGGCGGACGAGAUGCCCGCCGCUGUACUCGCCUGCACCGAGACCGCUUCACACUACCUGCAAGGCGCCAGGGAAGAGAUCAAACCUCACGCGCCCUUGUUGAUAGGUCUUCUAUAUUCGGAGUUGGCUCGCCUCCCAUCAAGUGAGCGCGCGUCCCUGGAGCGUGACGUCACACAGCGAGCUAGAACCCGCCUCCUGGCGCUGCUCACUGACAACGACGCUAGAGUGAGACAGAACGCGGCCGCCGCUCUCGCUAACAUGUGUCUUGCUAGUAAGUUCACCCUACGACAGGUGUUCAAGACGUUCCAUGUGAAGAAGGCCAACGACUUCGUGCAGACUCACCUGGUGGAUGAAGGUCGGUUGUACCUGGACGAGUUCCUGUCGGCGCUACUGAGACACCUGGCGGACGAGAUGCCCGCCGCUGUACUCGCCUGCACCGAGACCGCUUCACACUACCUGCAAGGCGCCAGGGAAGAGAUCAAACCUCACGCGCCCUUGUUGAUAGGUCUUCUAUAUUCGGAGUUGGCUCGCCUCCCAUCAAGUGAGCGCGCGUCCCUGGAGCGUGACGUCACACAGCGAGCUAGAACCCGCCUCCUGGCGCUGCUCACUGACAACGACGCUAGAGUGAGACAGAACGCGGCCGCCGCUCUCGCUAACAUGUGUCUUGUGUGA